AUGUCACACGGAAAUUACACUGUUGAAAAGUUCAGUUUCCCCAGCCACGGCGAAACAUGUGCUGGGGUUGCUUUUAUCCCAAGAGGAGAAGGCCCACACCCAGCAGCAGUCCUACUUGGUCCAUACUCUUUUUCCAAGGAACAAGCGCCCACUCAGUAUGCAACUCGUCUUGCGGACGAAGGUUACUAUGCAGUGGUAUUUGACCCACGGACCGUUGGUGAGUCCAGUGGUAGCCCUCGUCGUCUUGAGAAUCCCAAGAUGAAAAAUGAGGACGCAGUGGCCGCAAUUGACUAUUUGGUCGAGAAAAAAGAGGUUUCUGGAAUCUAUCUCGUUGGUAUUUGUCAAGGUGGUCCUGAGAUGUUGGAUAUUGCUUCCUAUGAUGAUCGAGUUACUGCUGUGGCUUCUGUAACAGGAUACUAUAGGGACCACGAAACAGAUUUGUUCAUGAUAGCCGCCGGAGUAUGUGAAAAUCCUUUCGAUAAAGAAACCGCACCUUCAACUGAACAGCUUGAGAAGCUUUUAGAGGCUCGUUUGCAGCGGGCUCGCGAAGCCAAGGAGAAGUACGAAACCACAGGUGAAGUAGUUUACCAGCCUUUGGUCGAUCCAAAGUUGGGCACAUUUGAAGAAGGGUCUUCCGCGGGAUUACCGGGACCUUUGGUGUGGUCGUGGUAUGGUCCAUGGACUCUCAAGGGCUGGGAAAACAAGUAUGCAAUUCUAAGCGACUUGGAUCACUUUUCCUAUUCAACGGUAGAGGGAGUUUCUAAGCUCAACAAGCCAGCUUUGGUCGUUCACUCCGAUACUUGUAUGAACCCAUUUGCAGCCAAACGUCACUAUGAGUCUAUACCCACCAAGGACAAAAAGCUCAUUUGGGAAAACGAUACAAACCAUUUUCAGUAUUAUGAGCAGCCUGAUGUCGUCGACAGGACCGUGGGCCAUAUUGCGGAAUGGUUUGGUAAGUACAAACCAAAGGGACAAAGCUAG